GUAGUAAAAUAUUUGCCGACGAAUAUCUACCUGUAGCCACCGCCGACGCAUCUUUGAAUAAGACGUUUAUGGAACAGAAAUCUACCGCCACCACAAGUGCUUAUUUCCCUGUAGAAAAACUAUCUAUUCCUAUAUUUGACGGAAAUCCAAUUGAAUACACCAGUUUUCGGAACAUGUUUGAUAUAAUAGUAGAUAACACCAAUAUGCCACCAGUCUUAAAGUUUGGAUAUUUGAAAUCACGUUUAAAAGGAGAGCCGUUGAAACUUAUCGGCAACCUUAUGUUAACAGAUAUGAUUGCAGAACAUCAUCUGGAACAAAUAUUUAAUGCACCAAAAGCGUUCUUCGGUGACGGGAAUUCUAUAAGAAAGCUAUUUAACAAUAUUAUUGAAACUACUGGAGCCCUACAAAACUUAUCAUUUGCGGUGGAUCAAUGGGAUCCAAUUCUUUUGCACCUUUUACAGAAAAAAUUGGAUUCAUAUCUUCGAUCCCAGUGGGAACUGUUGGUAGAUACUACGGAAGAUCCGACUGUCGUAGAAAUUACCACUUUUCUAACAAAAUAUUGUAAGUCCGCGACCGUCACUGAAAGUCACCAUCUACAAAAACCCUUCAAGAAGAAUAAAACAACAACCUUGCUCACGAACCAACCGGGUCAACAACACACGGCACAACAAACAUCGAAGAAUGAAAGCUGGGGAGAAAAACAAUCGUUUACCUGUCAAGUGUGCAAAGUACAACCGGGACACUUACUCAUAAACUGUCCAUUAUUUAAGGAGAAAACACCGAUCGAACGUCAUAAAACCAUCAAAGAGUUGAACAGGUGUUUCCGAUGCUUCAGUGCGCAUAGAGUAGUAGACUGCAAAAACCCUAAAACUUGUAAAGAUUGCGGUGGAAAGCACCACACUAUGUUACAUCUUUCAAACACCGAAAAACCCGUUACGGUCGAGCCCGUCACGUUCGCAGCUACCGCAACAAACAGUGUUCGUACAUCAGUCCUUUUGGCAACGGCUACCGUGGCUGUGCAAACGAGACAUGGGUACUCCGUUAACGUAAGAGCGUUAUUAGACAGUGCUAGCCAAAGCAGUUUCGUGACAGAACGCUGUGUGCAUCUGCUGGGACUUCAGCGAGAAAGUCGAGAUAUUGUGGUACAAGCUCUGGCCGGUACCCAGGUUCCAGUCGUUAAAGGAAGUACUACCAUUAACGUACGGCCAGUAGGUCUCGAAAAUCCCCAAUUUAAUGUUAACGCUUUAAUAUUACCCCGCAUAACCGGUCCUAUACCAUCAGAACGCGUUUUCACAGAAUAUUGGCCACAUACCGUUGGGUUAAAUUUAGCAGACCCUGAUUACAACAAACCACUCCCUGUCGACAUUCUAUUAGGAGCAGAUGUGUUCCCACAACUCAUCUUAGGGAAUAAAAGAGUCGGUACCACCGGUCAACCAAUCGCUUUAUCCACAGUUUUUGGAUGGGUAUUAAUGGGAAGAACCUCAUGCGCUACGAAAAAUAAGAUUGUCACAAUGUGUUCAACACUGGAAUCCGUUAACCAAACCUUAAAACGCUUUUUUGAAGUGGAAGAAGUUCCAAAUGUCGAAAAAGGUUGCCCAGCGGAUUUAGAGUGUGAGCGAAUCUACCAGUCAACCACAACGCGUCAAAAAGACGGUAGGUACGUAGUCCAUUUACUCUUCCGGGAAAAUCCUCCACAACUUGGACAGUCAAUAGAUCAAGCCUUGAACCGUUUAUAUCAUUUAGAAAACCGAUUUGCAAAAAAUCCUGUUUUGCGUGAGGAGUAUAACAAAGAAAUGAGGGAUUACCUAGAUACCACCCAUAUGAUCAAAUUAAAUCAAACCCUUACAAAUGAACAGAACACUUAUUACAUUCCACAUCAUGUAGUUAUACGGCCUGAUAGCACAACCACAAAAAUGUGA